UUCAAAUUUUAUUUAGUUAGAAAAUCUCAAGGAAAGGAAGUGGACGAAAAUAUUAUGAAUUAUAUCCCAAGGGAACUUUUUCACAUUUGAUUGAAUGAUUUAGAAUCUCCCAAGCAGAAUAUUGAAUAUACGAAUGUGUCGCUGUACGAUAUUCUCUUCAAACCUGAAGAAGAUGUGGUGAAGUACUUCAGAAACAAGAAUGUUGUAUCAGAAGUUCGGAAAAAGAUCAUGGAAAAAAUUGAGUAUAAUUAUGAACUUGCAGAAAUUCGGGAUAAUGCUCUAGUUAGAAUAUCUCUUGAAGAUUCAUCUCAAAGAAAGAACAGGCAUAAGAAACAUGUUCAUUGGGAAAAUUGAACGAUCUGAAGAAGCAUAAAAUUAUGGACAAAGACCUUAUUUACACGUAGCAGAGCAGAUGCUUAAACGAAGAAUUAACAUAAACGCGAUCAAUGAUAAUGAUCAGACGCCUCUGGAAUUGCUGGAGUUGCUCAAAAUAAUAAAGAACUGGAGCGUUUUCUUAUGAGAAAUGGACCAACAAGGGUUUUUGUCAAGUAUCAGAAUAUAGCACAUUAUGUGGUCGAGAGGAAAAGUACCUAUAUCAUGUAUUUGCCAUUAUCAAAUUUUAUUUAGUUAGAAAAUUUCAAGGAAAGGAAGUGGACGAAAAUAUUAUAAAUUUUAUCACAGCGGAGCAGAUUAGCGAACAUUACAACCUUAGUUUGAAGGAUUUAGAAUCCUUGAAGCAUGAUAUUGUGAUAGCAAUGUCUCGCUGUACGAUAUUCUCUUCAAACCUGAAGAAGAUGUGGUGAAGUACUUCAGAAACAAGAACGUUGUAUCAGAGGUUAGGGGAAAAAUCAUGGAAAAAUUUGAGUUCAGUUAUAAGCUUGUAGAAAUUCGGGAUAAUGCUCUAGCUAGAGAAUCUUGAAGAAAAGUGUCAAAAUGAAUUCCUCUUCGUCCCCCGGUGAUUCAGUAUUGACAUGGGCGACUAUUCUUAAGUCAUAUCUGGAGGGGGGACCUGGACGACCAAUAACGCUUUAACUUAUGAUGUCAUCGGAGGAGGAGACAGAAUUCGGCUUGUAUACAGAUAAGCUCCUGAAGAAAUCCAAAAGAACUAGACAGCGUGUGGACGCCGGUGAGCCGCGUAACUCGUACUCGUCGAUCCCGAAUUUCAGUUCGCGACCGACUUUUCUCGGUGGUGGUAACAAUUUAUACGGCGCAAUUUUUACCCAACAGCAACAGUUCGGUCUCUUCGGACCGGGGUUCGCGCCCGCCAAGAUGCUCAACGAAUUACUGGGUCGGCAGAAGGUCGACUCCAGCGACGGGGAGGACGUCAAGUUCGACUCUGUGAUCCGCUGUGACGGCAGUCCACCAUCCGGUGAGCAACUCGCCCAUCACAUGCUCAGGGACAUCCUGCAGGGCCGGAAACACGAUCUCCUCUCACUGGAGCACGAGAUGAGGAACGGCCAGGAUAAUCUAAAUAACAACAACAACGAUUCCAAAAUUGAUUCUGAACGCAACGACAUUGAUGCAAUGCAAGGGAUUAAGGACUGCGUGCAAGAAGCUGGUGGUCGUAAAUCUCAAGAACCACCGAUGGACGAAGCAAUGAACGGUAUGGAAACGGAAUCUUUACCAUCGCCCAAGGUGGAGCCGGCUAGUCCGGCUAAACCGGAGGAUGCGAAAAAGGCAAGAGUGGAAAACAUAGUUUCGGGAAUGAGGAGCAGUCCUGCACCACCUCAAGUGAACGGAUGCAAGAAAAGGAAACUUUACCAACCUCAACAACACGACUCCAAUGCUGACAGAUAUAUCGACGAUGAUCUCGAAGAAGAACAAGAACCCAUCAAACAGAAAAGAGUAGAGAAAAACUUACUCAAAUCCCAGUUGAGAACGAUGCAGGAACAACUGGCAGAAAUGCAACAAAAAUAUGUGCAAUUGUGUACCAGGGUGGAACAAGGAUCAGAAGAAAGUCAAGAAGUGGAAGAAAUUCCUAGUGAUAGUGAACAAAGUUUGAAAAGAUCGGAUUCACCUUCUCCUGUGAUUGCUAGUCCGCCAAUAGUGCAACCUCCACCUCCUCCAACGUUGGUACAACAGGUGAGCAAUUUGAAAAUAAGUCCGCAAGGACCACCUUUCCACAAUGGUAUGCUUCCUGAGCAUCCCCACAUGAACAGUGCCGCUGCCAUGUAUUUGGGAGUGAAUCACAAACUAUUUAUGGAACAAGAAGCACGAAUGGCCAAAGAAGCGGCUGUGGCUGCUUCGGAAGCCCAACAACAACAAAGUAUGCCAACUCCCCAACCACAUCAGCCACAAAUGCCGCAAAAUAAACCAGAGAACAUCGCGGAAAGAUUACAGCUGAUGAGGAAUAUCUCAACCCCUACGAAUAACGAACUUGAAGGAUUAGCAGACGUACUAAAAACAGAAAUCACAGCAUCACUGUCGAGCUUGAUCGAUUCCAUCCUGUCCAGGUUUGUACAUCAGCGAAGGUGUAAGCAGCAAGAUGCAGCCAACGCAGCAGAACAGUUGAACAAGGACCUGAUGAUGGCCUCGCAAUUGUUAGACCGCAAAUCUCCAAGGACCAAAGUGGCGGAGCGACCUCAAGCUCCGCCGCCACAAAUUCCGACAUCCUCAGGACCUCAAAUGGUAAAUGGCAAUGGUUGUCAGCCUAUAGUGCACAUGAACAACCAUAUCAUUCCAAAACCAUCAGAACUUCACCUGCGACCUCCUACAUUUCAGCCUCCGAAACCUCCCGGCAUCAACCAGGCCCCGUUAUUUGGAAUGAACCACCCCUUCUGCAAGCAGGAGAACCCAGAGCAAAAUGAAGCCCUCAGCCUGGUGGUGACCCACAAGAAGAAGCGACAUAAAGUCACGGAUACCCGGAUAACACCGAGGACAGUCAGCAGAAUCUUGGGCGGCCAGGAAGGUAUGGGAAUGUCUCCGGCUUCCAUGGAACACAGCCAGUGCACGUCUCCAAGACCGCCGCCAUAUCCCCAUCACCACCAACCGCCUCCGAUGCUGCCAGUGUCGCUGCCAACUUCUGUGGCCAUCCCAAAUCCAGGACUUCACGAAUCUCAGGUUUUCUCACCCUACAGCCCUUUCUUCCAUGGACCUAGCCAUGGGCACCAUAUGGCGAUGCAGGCAUCGUCGUCACCGCCAAGAAUGCACAAAAUGGAAAGAGAGUCACCCCCAAUUCACCAUCCCCCAACGUUACUACAUCCUGCCCUCCUAGCUGCUGCUCAGCACGGUGGUAGUCCUGAUUAUUCUCAUAUGAGAGCAGUCAAUAUGGAAAGUAAAUACGGAAUAGUAAAUAUGGACAAUGGUGAUAGAAACUCUGACUGCAACUCAGGAGACAUAUCCUACGAUGGAAUGAAGCCUACUAUAUCCUUUUUAUGCAAAGAUUUUAGUAAAAAUCUUAGUUCUCAACAUCCGAAUAUGUCCUUAAGUCCAGAGCACUCGUCUACAUUGACCCCGAUGCAUCUCAGGAAAGCUAAACUGAUGUUCUUUUGGGUGAGGUACCCAAGCUCGUCAGUCCUCAAAAUGUACUUCCCAGACAUCAAAUUCAACAAAAAUAACACUGCCCAGUUGGUUAAGUGGUUCUCCAACUUCAGGAACCUGGCGACAUAGAGACAGGUUACAUUCCAAUUGAGACAUGGAUAACUCGAAGAGAAGAGAUUGAGGAAAUUCAGUCUGCUGUGUCUUCAGGAGAUGCUGAUAGUAUAUUCAGUGCAAUUAUGUAUCUAGCUACCGACAGCAGGUUUUGGAUUGAUGGAAUUAUAUCACAUUUGAUGGGUCGUAUGGUUAAUCCCAAGCCAAAAUAUUCUCAUUUGCUCUUUCCAUCUUUAGAAAAAUGUCUGUGUCAGAGGUUAGUUUCUAUAAGUUUAGUUGAAGCGAACUUUUUGAAAUUAAAUUGAUUACUUGAAAGAAUAUCUUAAUUCACGCAGAUAUCUGAAAAUUCAUUAUUAUACGAGCAUACUUGGAUUAUGAAAUAUGGGGAAGAAAUAGCAAGGUUAUAAGUGAGGUUUCCAGUUAAAAUUAAUGAAGAAUUGGAAGUUAAGAAUCUUUGCUCAUAUAUUGAAGCAGUGCACUUACCACGACAGAAAUCUGCGCGCUGGUGCAUUGCAGAUUUUAAGUCAUCAGAACAAAGACAGGAGGGAAUUCAAAUUUUGAAACAGAUCAAGAUUAAUGGAAAAUAUCUCAUUGUAAAAUCGAUUAAUUGUAAAUCCAAACUUCAAAAGUCUCGGAAGAAGUCUGAUUGUGUUGAUUCAGUUCAAGAGUUGUUAAAGAUUUGAAUAAGUUUCAAAUAAGAUAUAUCUUUGUAUAAUGGAAGAGAUUGAUUGUUACAUUGUAACCACAUAAACUGUGAACUGCAUAACCACGGACCAGAGUUUUUAAAAGGAAUUGUUCUUAUGGGAACUGCCCUCGAACGGCCAGAAAACAUUCAGCUGAUAAGUACGCUUUUAGAUUUAGGCUGCAAUAUAAAUAGCAAGGACGGAAGAUCACGGAAUAUUCUACACCGAUUGGCCCUUAAGUAUUUCCCUUCUAGACCUUAUCUACAAGUAGCAGAGCAGAUGGUUUAACGAAGAAUUAACAUAAACGCGAUAAAUGAUUAAGAUCAGACGCCUCUGGAAUAUGCACUUGCGGAAAAUAAUGAAAACUGGUCCGCUUUCUUCUGAGAAAUGCAUCAACAAGGGUUUUUGUCAAGGUCAAGUAUCAGAAUAAUGCACAUUAUGCGGUCGAGAGCAAAAGUAUAUCAUGUCUUCAUACCAUUAUCAAAUUUUAUUUAGUUAGAAAAUCUCAAGGAAAAGAACUGGACGAAAACAUUAUGAAUUAUAUCACAAGGGAACUUUUUCACAUUUGAUUGAAUGAUUUAGAAUCUCCCAAGCAGAAUAUGGAAUAUACGAAUGUGACGCUGUACGAUAUUCUCUUCAAACCUGAAGAAGAUGUGAUGAAGUACUUCAGAAACAAGAACGUUGUAUCAGAGGUUCGGGGAUUAAUCAUGGAAAAAUUUGAGUUUAGUUAUGAGCUUGCAGAAAUUCGGGAAAUUUGAAAGAGCGAAACAUGAGAAGAAUAAAUAGGCUAGUAUACAGGACUGUGCAAGAUGGAACUAGGAAAAAACUCAUUGAAGUUAUUAAGAGACUGUUCAAAAUUGUUACCAUUUUAGGUAACAACUCACAUGGUUUCGGACCUGGAUAUGGUAAAAGAAUUCGACUAUGUGAUGAACUCCUCGCAAUGUAUACAGUCCAUAAUACUUGUGGAAUAGAUAAGUUAAAAGAUAUCAUUUUUUUUGGAACUGCUGUUCACUACACCCACCAUAUUGAUCUUGCAAAUAGGCUUUUAGAUUUAGUAUGUAACAUAAAUGCAAGGGACUACGCAGGAAGAAUUAUUCUGCACCUAUUGAAAAAAACAAGCGACGAACCGGAAUCUUACCUUAAAUUAGCUGAGUUGUUGAUCAAAAGAGGCAUUGAUCUGAACGCAGUAGAUAGAAAUGAGCAGUCUCCACUGGAGAUUGCAGUUCUGCGUGAAGAUUACGAUUUUACGAUUUUGCUUUGAAGAAACGGAGCAAACUUAAAUUCAAAUCAUUGCCAGACGGUCGCUCAUUGUGCAUUAAAAAGACGAAAUUUAGCAUGUUUCCAUGCAAUCGUUAGGUUCUGUUUUGUAGAAGAACUACAAGGUAAAAAAGUCGACGAAAAAGUUAUGGCUUUUAUCAGAAACGAUAAUAAUAGUGAGUAUUACGAAUUGUGUUUGAACGCUAUAAGUUUAUUGAAACACAGAAUUGUUUACACCAGAGUAAGUAACAGCUGUUAAAUAUAUGAGAAACAACCAUGUACUAAUAGGAGUCAAUAGAUAUAUCAUGGGGUCUUCUGACUUCUCCUUUGAUAUUAUGAAAGUUAGGGAUGAGGCUUUAUUGAGGAUAAAUCUUGAAGAUUCGGGUAUAAAAACCAAAAGAGUAAUGCUCUAGCUAGAAUAUCUCUUGAAGAUUCAUCUCAUCUCAAGGAAAGAACAGGAGAAAGAAACAUGCUCAUUGGGAGAAUUGAACGAUCUGAAGAAGCUUAAAAUUAUGAACAAAGACCUUAUUUACACGUAGCAGAGCAGAUGGUUUAACGAAGAAUUAAUAUAAACGCGAUCAAUGAUUAUGAUCAGACGCCUCUGGAAUAUGCAGUAGCUCAAAAUAAUGAAGAACUGGAGCGGUUCCUUCUGAGAAAUGGACCAACAAGGGUUUUUGUCAAGUAUCAGAAUAUUGCACAUUAUGCGGUCGAGAGGAAUAGCAUAUCAUGUCUUCAUGCCAUUAUCAAAUUUUAUUCAGUUAGAAAAUUUCAAGGAAAGGAAGUGGACGAAAAUAUUAUGAAUUAUAUCACAAGGGAGAUCAGCGAACAUUUUCACAUUUGUUCGAAUGAUUUAGAAUCUGUCGAGCAGAAUAUUGAAUAUACGACAGUGUCGCUGUACGAUAUUCUCUUCAAACCUGAAGAAGAUGUGGUGAAGUACUUCAGAAAUCAGAACGUUGUAUCAGAGGUUCGGCGAAGAAUAAUGGAAAAAUUUGAGUUCAGUUAUGAGCUUGCAGAAAUUCUGGAUAAUGCUCUAGCUAGAAAAUCUCUUGGAGAAUCAUAUCAAGAAAAGAACAGGCUCAAGAAGCAUGUUCAUUGGGAGAAUUGAACGAUCUGGAGAGCAUAAUAUUAUGAACAGAGGUGAUUGAUUCUCGAUGUAUUUCACGAACGAAAUAUUAAGUUGGAGAUAAUUCUCCUAUGAUGGGUAACUACCUACUCUGUUAAAAUAAGCUUUGUUAUUCAAGUCCAAUAGUUCUUGAAGUCCGUACCUACUUUAUGUUCCACAUAAAUGCAGGUACUAAAAGUUUUGAAGCUCAGUACAAAAUUUGUUGCAUUGGUUACUUGUCGGCGCCUUCUCUCGAACAAUAGUGUCAAAAUGGAUUCUUCUUCAUCCUCCAGUGAUUCUGAACCUGGAAACAUAGAGACAGGUUACAUUCCAAUUGAGACAUGGAUAACCCGCAGAGAAGAGGAUGAGGAAAUUCACUCUGCUGUGUCUUCAGGAGAUGCGGAUAGUAUAUUUAGUGCAAUUAUGUAUCUAGCUACCGACAGCAGGUUUUGGAUUAGUGGAAUUAUAUCACAUUUGAUGGGUCGUAUGGUUAAUCCCAAGCCAAAAUAUUCUCAUAUGCUCUUUUCACCUUUAGAAAAAUGUCUGUAUCACCACAUUAACUGUGAACUGCAUAACCACGGACCGGAGGUGUUGAAAGGAAUUGUUCUUAUGGGAACUGCUAUCGAACGACCAGAAAAUAUUCAGCUGAUAAGUACGCUUUUAGAUUUAGGCUGCAAUAUAAAUAGCAAGGACGAAAGAUCACGGAAUAUUCUACACCGAUUGGCCCUUAAGUAUUUCCCUUCUAGACCUUAUCUGCAAGUAGCAGAGCUGAUGGUUAAACGAGGAAUUAAUAUAAACGCGAUAAAUGAUUAUGAUCAGACUCCUUUGGAAUAUGCAGUUGCGCAAAAUAAUGAAGAACUGGUGCGCUUUCUUCUGAGAAAUGGACCAACAAGGGUAUUUGUCAAAUAUCAGAAUAUUGCACAUUAUGCGCUCGAGAAGAAAAGUAUAUCAUGUCUUCAUGCCAUUAUCAAAUUUUAUGUAGUUAGAAAAUUUCAAGGAAAGGAAGUGGACGAAAAUAUUAUGAUUUAUAUCUCAAAGGAGAUUAGCGAACAUUUUCACAUUUGUUUGGAUGAUUUAGAAUCUCUCAGGCAGAAUAUUGAAUAUACGAAUGUGUCGCUAUUCGAUAUUCUCUUCAAACGUGAAGAAGAUGUGGUAAAGUACUUCAGAAACAAGAACGUUGUAUCAGAGGUUCGGCGAAAAAUAAUGGAAAAAUUUGAGUUCAGUUAUGAGCUUGCAGAAAUUCUGGAUAAUGCUCUAGAUAGAAUAUCUGUUGGAGAUUCAUCUCAAGAAAAUAGCAGGCGUAAGAAACAUGCUCCAUGGGAGGAUUGAACGAUCUGAAGAAGCAUAAAAUUAUUGACAAUGGUGAUAACUUGAUUACUUCUCCUAGAUUAAUUAAUAUAUUUUCGAGCAAUUUUAUGAGAAGAUCCACUGUUAAAUAUAUGCGAAACAACCAUGGAGUCAAUAGAUAUAUCAUGGAGAGUCUUCUGAUUUCUUCUACGAUAUUAUGAUUGUUAGGGACGAGGCUUUAAUGAGGAUAAAUCUUGUAGAUUCAUCCAAGGAAAAGUUCAGAUGUUUGUUUGGAUUACCUAGGGAGUCUUCUGAAGUGAUUUUAUCUCAUCUUAAAGACGAUGAAUUGAAAAAACUUUCAAUCGCUUGGGAACAUUGAACGCGAGUGAAAAAAAUUUCAAAAUAGAAUUGAACGGAGAGUAUGGACUGCAAACUUUUGCAUUGAUAACUAAAAAAAAAAACUUGAUCUUGUAAAUAAGCUUCUAUAUUUGUAAUAUCAAUGAUACAGGAAUAUACUGCAUCGAUUAUAAGAUAAAGAGUUAUUAUCUAUAUUUACAGGUGAUAUGUAUAUUUACAAUUGUCUUUUAUUUAUACAAAUUUAUAAGAAUUAAAUAAAUUAAAACAAUAUCAAA